AUGAGACGUGUCAUCUCCUUCUACGCGAGGCUUCUGCAGAGCCAUCCGAUAAAAACGCAAAGCGUGACGGCGGGUACCAUCAUGCUCGCGGGCGACCUGACUGCACAGAAACUCAUUGAGCGGAAAAAAACCAUCGACGUCCACAGAGCGGCAGGCGCCGUCUUCCUCGGGAUCUGCUACAGCGGUCCGUUCCUGGUGGCCUGGUACGCCGCUCUGGACCGAUGGCUUGUUCUUGGCAGCGGGACUUCAGCGACCGUCAAGCAAGUUAUCCUGGACCAGCUGCUUUGCACUCCGGUUUACUUAUUAGGCUUCAUGGGACUCAGGGGUGUCUUCCAAGGACAUCAGUGGUCCAAGAUCAAGGAGGACGUGAAGACCAAGUACGCGUACGUCUUGGCGACCAGCUACGUGAUUUGGCCGGCGGCCAUGGCCAUCAACUUUCGUUACGUGCCGCUCCAUUACCGCGUUGUGUUCUCCGGCUCUGUGGCCUUUGUGUGGGGCACCUGUCUCUCAUACAAGCUGAACACCGCCACGCCAGCUGUGUGA